AAGCACGCUUCCGACCCACCAGGCCGGGCGGGCUCUGUUGCGUUUCCUCCUGGAAGCAGGCGGAAAGGGGCGGCCCGAAAGGCGAUGGGCUCUCACCUCCCCUUCCGCAGCGCGCCCCGCUCUGCCCCGCCUCGCGGCCGUUUUCAGCAUGGCCGUGGACUGGAUCGGGUUCGGCUACGCCGCUCUGGUGACAUCGGGAGGGCUCAUUGGCUACGCCAAAGCAGGCAGUGUCCCAUCACUGGCUGCUGGGCUGCUCUUUGGAAGUCUGGCUGGACUGGGCGCCUAUCAGCUCUCCCAGAAUCCAAGCAAUGUUUGGAUUUCUCUGAUUACAUCUGGAACACUGACUGCCGUAAUGGGAACAAGAUUUUACAACUCUGGAAAGUUCAUGCCUGCAGGGCUGAUUGCUGGUGUCAGUUUGCUAAUGGUUGGAAGAUUAGCACUGAAGAUGGUGGAGAAGCCCCAUGAGAAGUAACUGCUCAUUUUACAGCUUAUCAUCUGGAUGAGUAAACCUGAUAAUGAUGCUGUGUGAACACAGAAGCAAGAAGAUUGGGAUGGAUAGUUUACAUGCAAGGUGCCAUUUAUUUCAAGGAUCUGGUAGAGCUCUUACUGUGUAGUGAGAAUUUGGUCCUGGUUGCUUUUUUGAAACGUAUUUCAAUGUAUUUUGACGCUUCUGAUUUUUAUAUUCCAAAAUACACUGAUGAUGUAUAUGAAGUAGAGAGGAGCUAUAAUUAAGCAAGUAGCCAUGAAGUGUCACCAGAAAUAACUGGCUGAAUACAGCGCCGAAUCCCAUACCUUUCAUACCAAGUACUACGGUAUGCUUUACCUCCUGUAUUCUGAGUUGAUACAUCACAUCUGUAUAACACCAAACAAAUCUUACCUUUUUAUUGUGAAAUGAUGCCAAAAUGUUGCUUUUCUACAAGUAAAACGUUAUAAACCUUUA